AUGAGAUGCCUCAGAAGAGCAGUGGGGAAAACUAGAAGAGACAAGAUCAGAAACGAGGUGAUCAGGGAGAUGGUUGGCUCCACCAAUGUACUCAGGUACAUUGAGCACCAGCACAUCAAGUGGUUUGGCCACCUCGUCAGACUGCCACCCUCACAACCAGCCCACAGAGCCUACAACAUCCAAGGGUCAGGACGGAGGGCCAGAGGGAGACCCCGCCGCCGCUGGAUAGACGGUGUGACGGAGACCCUGAGCGCCCAUGGCCUGACACCGCAGCAAGCCACUCGACUUGCCCAGAACCGCCUUCUCUACCUCCCCGCGACGCCCCCAUAG